AUGAUGUCAUUUAAUUAUUCAUUUCCUCAUUUACAAAUAUUAGGAGUGUCAUCAUUUAAAGAUUGCAUUAAUUUAGAAAAUUUUACAUUUUCAUCUCUAACUUUGACUGUUAUGGAAAAUGCAUUUGAGAAUUGCAUUAAAUUAAAGAAUGUUAGUAAUAUCUUAAAUAUUCCUGAUAAUUGUUUCUGUGGAUGUAAAUGUUUAGAAGAAGUUACAAUACGAGAAGGAUCAAAGAAAAUCGGAAUUAAAUCAUUUGAGAAUUGUUCUUCUUUAGAAAGUAUUACAAUUCCACAAUCUAUUCGAAUCAUUUCAGAAUAUUCAUUUCUUGAUUGUAACAAACUAAAAUCAAUUAUAUUCAGUGAAACAAAUUUACUUGGGAACUUUUCAAUUAGUUCUAUUUCAGAAUGCAAAUCUCUUACAAAUAUCAGUGAUUUUUCAUCAGACAAAUACAAAUGUAUUGAUAAUACUUUAUACUACAAAAACAAUACUAAAUGGGAACUUAUUUUUCAUUUGAGUAACUCAGAAGAUAAAGAGCUUGACAUUAACUGCAGUAUCAUCUGUAGUUAUUCAUUUAAUUGCAGUAACAACAUUGAAAAUAUCACAAUUAUAUCAGAUAGUGUUUCUGUUAUAGAAGAUCAUUCAUUCAACAACUGUCUUAAUCUCAAAUACAUCAAUUUCCCACUUUCAGUUUCAGAUGUUGAGAUUGAUGCAUUCCAUGAUUGCAAUUCCAUUCGAUGCCUUCUUAUUAUUGAGAACACAUCCACUGAUUAUCUUCACAUGAUCGUUUCUUCUGGAAUUCCUAAAAGACUUAUGACUUCAUGUCAUAUUGCUCAUGUUUCCAAAAAUCGUUUAAUGCUCAAAUUUUUACGUUAUCAUUCUACGCAUAUUUUCUGGAAACAUCUUGUUAAUUAA